GUAAAUCAUAUAAAAAUAAAAUUUUUAUAUAAGUGAUAGCGAAUGUCCCCUACAUAUUGCCUAUAAGGUAUAUGAUAAAAUGCACUAGCCCGUGCAAAUCAUGGUGUUCUCUCGUCAAAAGCCCCAAAUUCUUUUCCACCCGCCAUGGGAUUUAUCCACUACUCCUACUCUGCCUAGACAUGGUGGAACACUGGAAUUCUCUUUGCGUCUUGGCAACAAAGAGUUUAAGGAGUACAUGCGUGUACCAUUCAUCGAUCGCCAAUGAGAGUUUUCGCGUUCUUGGUUCUUGCAAUGGUAUAGUCUGCGUCUCUAAGUUAUUUAACGGCAAACUCAUCAUCUGGAAUCCUUCCAUUAGGAAAUCCAUAACACUCCCCAACCCAGUUUCAGCAACUGGGUCUGCCUUGGUUUUGUCUUUCAGCUCCAAUGAUUGCAAAGUCCUGUGAAUCGCUGAUUACCCUUGUCCAUUUAGCAUUGAACGAGGACCUCCGGUUGUUGAGCUCUACUUUCUUAACGCGGAUUCUUGGAAGAACAUUCCUCAUAUUGCUCCCAUUUACGAGUUUGGAGAGCAUGGAAUCGGGAUUUUUGUAAAUGGUGCAUUGCAUGGGAUUGUGUUUCGUGGAAUCAGCAGUUUGAUCAUGGUAUUCGAUGUAAAAGAUGACGUCUUUGAUGAGAUUAUGCUGCCGGAAUGUCUGGUUAAUGUUAGUGCUUAUGACUUGUGUGUUAAGGUAUUUGGGAAGUCAUCAAUUGCAGCUAUUAGAAAAUAAAAUCGGCUUGAUCCUUAUCAUUCGCGCAUAUGGGUGAUGGAAGAGUAUGGUGUAGUGGAAUCGGGUGAAUAUAGUGACAGUGGGCAAACGCUGGAAAGGCUGUUCCACAGUGUUGGCGUUUAGUAACAAUGGACAAGUCACAAGUGUUAAUGGGAUUUUCUCGCGGGCAGAUAGCUUCACUUGACCUAAGGAGCCACCGACCUAAGAAUUUUAAGAAUCUUGUAAAUCGCCAGACAAUUAAAUAUUGUUUUGGUUCCAGCCAUUUGGAGAGCCUAGCCUUGCUUGAUAAAGGAAAUGAUGCAGGGGAUGCAGUGGAACUGAUACAGGUUGACCAAGUGAUGCAAAGCGAAAUAGGAGAUCCAAUUGAUGCACUGUCUGGGCAGAAAACAAUCAAGGAGUAGAAAAACUCCAUGGAUCCAUAUAAGUUGAUGGGUUAUGAGAGUAUGAAGCUCUCAUUUUGACUUUGCAGUGGAGGCAACUCGGUCUUUUUGCAUUAUGUUUAGUUUUGUAUUACUUUAGCAUGAUAAGUACGUAGGCACCAUCUAAAACAAGCGCUAUUUAAGUUAUGUCAAUUGCAUAUUCCAAAAGGUUGAAGUUUUUUAUGAUGCUAGUAAGGUCCUUCGAGUUUAUGUAGCUCGACCAAACAAAUAUUAUGCUCUUCCCACUUCACUACAGGAAAUCAGAAGCAAGCGAGAGACACUGCUAGUAUGACUCUGGUCUUGGAGAAGUAAGGAAAUGUAAAUUAUGAUGUUGAAAAAGUUACGCCCACAAUUUUAAACUGCAAUUAGAUUCUUGUGCUUAUCCUGGAUGGAUUUUAUUGAUUUUGCUGCAUGCUCUGUUCUGUACUGUUUAUUAUGUGUGCAGGAAGAGGUUCUCUUGAAUGCUGCUGCCUCUGGUAAAGUUAUCUUCAAAUAUUAUUUGUUCUUUUUCGGAAAGGGAGAAAAAAAAAAGGGUAUGACAAUGGAUAAACGGCAAGAAGAAGAAAGAAAGAAAAAAGAUAAAUCCAUAUCAACGGUAUCAUGUUCUAAUAUCCCUUUCUUAUAAUACCUUUCAGAAAAUUACAAAUACUUCUUUGAGGAUUGUCUUAAUAAUAUAUUGUAAGUUUCAUUUUUAUUAUUUUUAUUCUUAUUUUAACAUAAAUAGCAUAACAUUGGACAAGAUAGGCAAGUACAACAUGCAUCAAUGUGAUCAUGGGUUUAGUUAAUUGGACUGCUUGGAAUUUCUUUCAAAAUCUAACCAUAAAUAUUUGUUAAGUGUGUGUUGGUUGAGUGUGUUAUUAUAUUGUGUUAUUAUUUUCCACUACGAAACUUCCUUUUACAUGCCAUUGACAAGGAUGUACAAUGUGUACGCACUAGUCACUAGCAUUAAAAUAUCGAAAGUUGACUUGAAAUCCAUGAGCAGAAUUUUAGGUUUCUUGCGCGUUAAGCACCCAUCUAAAAUCCAUUUGUGAUUUGACCAUAGAUUAGAGAGCAAAGCUUGCCUUUCACCAGUCUCUCUACGUUUCUUUCCUUUCUCAAGUCUUUGCAUCAUUUUCCUCAUACCCAUUUCCAAAAUCUUGAAUAAAAAAAUGUCAGAUUAUUUGCCUCAGGAAGUGCUAUUAGAUAUCUUUCACAGGCUCCCUAACCAGUCCAUUGGAAGAUGCAUGUGCGUCUGCAAGUAUUGGCUUUCCCUCGUAAAGAAUCCUUUUUUUGUUUCCUCCCACCUUCACCAAACCAUUCCGUCGAAGAAUGAUUCCCUGUUCCUGCUUAAGCUCUGCUCGAAGCAAACACUCAAAGUUCAGUAUUCUCUGCACUUUGACAAUCAAGAAUUCAGCGAGUACAAGCGGCUGGGAGUCCCUUUCAAGCAUGACAAUCGAUCUUUCUCUGUCGUUGGCUCUUCCAAUGGGUUAGUUUGCCUCAUGCACAAUCUCUAUACCUACAACUACACCUUCGUCUUGUGGAAUCCCCUGAUUCGAAAAUCUUUAGCACUUCCUAAGCCUAACGUCACAUUUGAGAGUCAUGGUGCAUUUGAGGCUUUGGUGGGUUGUGGGUUUGAUUCUUGCAGUAAAGACUAUAAAGUUCUGAGAGUUGUGCGCCUUCUUGAAUAUGAAAAAGAGAAUGAAGAGGAUGAGGAAUUAGCAAUUGAGGUUGAGAUUUUCUCACUCAACAGGAAUUCUUGGAGGAAUAUUACCGAUAUAGCACCCCAGUAUGAUAUUGUUGAGCGAGGUUCACAAGCUUUUGUGAAUGGAACAGUGCACUGGAUUGCAACAAAGAGAAGUAGAACCGGUGAAUCUAACAAUUUGGUUUUGGGACUUGAUCUGGGUCAUGAAAAUUUUCAUGAGCUAAUGUUGCCUGAAUCUUUGGCUAAUGAAAAUUUUCAUGAGCUAAUGUUGCCUGAAUCUUUGGCUAAUGAAAAUCCAAUGUUUUGUACUGUUUUCAAGUAUAUGGAUUCAACAAUUGGUGGUGUUAUGAGGAAUUAUGUUAACUUUUCUGACAGUGAUAUAUGGGUGAUGAAAAAGUAUGGUGUCACAGAGUCAUGGACAAAGAUACUAACUUUUGGCAGAUAUGAGGGUGGUGUUCCAAGGGCACUGGGCUUCAGGAGGAAUGGUGAUGUGCUUUUUGAACUAUUUCAUGGGGAGAUAAUUUCAGUUGACCCAGAAAGCUUACAGAUUGAAGAACUCAGAAUUCAUUCAGCUUCUGGUUAUUCUUUUGUAGACACGUUUAUAGAGAGCCUAGUCUUGCUUGAGCUUGACCAGCCUAGAGAUGCAAAUGAGGCAAGUGACUUAAGUCUGAGAUAAAACAAGGCAGAAUAAAGGUCAUUCAUAGUUAAUUCUUCUCCUUUUUCCUUCAUUAGAAAAAGGUUUAUUUUCUCUCUUUCUGGAAUCCUCUAUGGAUUGCAAUUAGCGUUUUGGUGUUUUUUUUUUUUUUUUUAAAUGUUGUUGUGGUGUGUUCAUUAGAAAGAAAAGGGAGUUUGGAGGGAGAGCAUGUGAGGAGAGAGAUUGAGGAAAGAGGGAGAGAAAGAGGGAGUCGAAAGGAGAAGAAAGAAUGUGGGCCAAAGUGUAAAAGAGGUAAGUUUAUUUUAUUAUUUAUAAUUUAAGUAGA